AUGAGACUGCCACUGCUGCUGUUUCUAGUCCAUUCUUGUGCCCUUCUGGCAAUCCGAGCCACGCCCGCCAAGCACUGGCGACGAGCUCCCGCCCACGGUGUCUUCAAUGUGGACAUUUAUGCCUACAAUAAACCCCGAAUGAACCUGGCCCGGCGUCAGGUCCUGCUGCAGGAUCCUCCUCCGAUGGGACACCUGCUGCAGCAGAUCGCCCAGCACAGUCGCCGAUCCACCGAGCAGAGGUCACACUACCGAAACCUCAACGAGGAUGUGGAGGUCCUGGCACAACCAGAGAAGAAAACAAUUGAGGAGCAGGCUAUAAACAUGCAAUUAAUGCCGCUGCAAAUGAACUUGGGUACGCACGCACGGGAGAAUUUAUACUCGAACGAGUUUCAUGUGCAAAAUAUAGGGGUCAAGAAGAUAGUGCAAUUGAAUACCCUGACCAUUGGGCAUGAACAUAAACCAGUCGGCGAAGAAGUUAUGGCCCCAAGCCAGCAGCAGCCGCUGAAAGUGAAGCUGACACUGCCAGGACUGGCCGAGAACAAUGCAGGAGAAACAGAAAUCGUGUCGCAAGGGGAUAAAAUCGGAAAAGUAGAUGCCUCCGUGACAAUGCCUGCAGGGGAAUCCCUGACAAGUGUGAAGAAAACCAUGGCACCGAGUGGGACAAUUAUCGAUAUGGCAUCGACAGGAAUGCAACAGCUUGUCAACCAACCGACAGCGGAGAAUGCCGGUGACACGAGCACAAAGGCUCUGUCCGGCAAGAAAAAGAAGGACGAAACCAGAGCGCGACCCCCUCGUCCGAAGACCAGGCGCAAGCCAACGCAAACAGGACCAAGGACUUCCAAUGAAACUGAUACAAAGAUGACAGCAAGCCAGGCUGUCACUACGCCAGUUCCUAUUCCAGCUACUGCUUCUGCUCCUGUUCCUGCUGCUACUAACCCCAUCCUGGCAGCAAGUCCAGGUCCAUCGAAUGUCAUGCAACCGACUAAGGAAUUGGAAACACAAUCACCGGAAAUCAGCACGCAUCGUCCCUUAACAACGAAGCGGAGCAGGACCAAGUCGAAGGGCAAGGGUAAGGGAAAGGAUAAGCGCCGUCAAGGCACCCAGAGACGUCCUGCCAGCGCUGGAGUAAUGGAGGAGGAAAUUGAAACUACGACAAAUUGGUGGCAGAUUCUCCCGUAUGCGGAAAUUAGAAAAUUUUUGAAUACGAUUUAUGACACCAUCGCCGACGAUGUUGACGACGACCGUGCCACGGAUGAUGUGUGA